CUCUAUGUUUAUUGCCAGAAUUAUUUUCUCCAAGUUUGUCGGCUUGCAUGGAUUUAUUAUUCUCUGUAUUCCUGAAGUUGAGCUCUAUAAUCUCGCCUGCUCGUCUUAUAACUUUAAGAGCUCGUUUCUCCGCCUGAAAGCUCUCGGCUGCUGUAACAUCUUUGCGCUCCUUCUUCACCGGAGCCACAGAGGGGGGAUCAGUGUGUCGUUUCUUGGCCUCGGACGGUGGUGAGGAGAUGCUCUCAGGCCAGAGCUUCUGUGUUAGUUUGGCGACAUGGUGCAGAACGUCAGCGAAUGUCCCAUCAAGCAUAACCUCCAAAAGCUCUGGCGAGGUGACUCCAACAGCAGAGAGGAUGUCUUCACAGAGACGCAGUGCCUUCAGAGAAUCUCCUCCACUGAACAGGAAGUUAGAUUCUUCGUCGAGGGUCGCAUCUGCAGCGAGACCUAAAGUAUCCUGUUGAUACAUGGUUGAAAAUAUGGUGUGCACAUACACAGACAACAAGGUCAGAAUCCAUUUUUAUUAUGUUUUCUAUGAGUCCUAAACAUGAAUGUGUGAAGAAAAAAAUCUGAAAAUAUAAAGACUACAUCAACUCUGUUGGAGCCAAAAUAUGAUCUCUCUGUUUUGAUUAUUGUGAGUGUCGGUAUGACUGCGUGGGUGUGGCUUUAGGAGCCACGGGGUUGUCCACCGUGGGGAGUGGACUGCACAUAUACCGGCUAAUGAAUUAAUGAAGGCAGGUGUGUAGUUUGGAGAAUGAAGCCCAACAGUUUUCGACCGUGUUCAAACGCCGUGUCAAGCGGGUGAAUGUUGUCAGGUUGUAUAAUUUUGGUUUAUUGGAGACUAACAGUUGACUGAAUGAUAACUUGCCUGCAAUUGCCGUCAAUAAAUGAAACGUCCAGUACAAACGAGCAGAGACACUGUUUUAAUUUGAAGCGUCAGACUAAGGACACCAACUGCCACCUCAGUGACUACAGGUAAAGUCACUACACAAAAGUCGACAAACUGGCUUAUUGUUGAGAACACGAACUAUUAAGUUGAAAGCCAGGAAGAGGGUCACCGUUGGACGUUUCAGGCUCCGGAAAAAGUGCAGCUCGCUGAGGACAGCGCUGGAUUUAUUGUCCUAUUGAACAACUGCUGAUCGCUGAGGACAUCGCUGGAUUUAUUGUCCUAUUGAACAACUGCUGAUCGCUGAGGACAUCGCUGGAUUUGUUGUCCUAUUGAACAACUGCUGAUCGCUGAGGACAUCGCUGGAUUUAUUGUCCUAUUGAACAACUGCUGAUCGCUGAGGACAGCGCUGGAUCGGAGCUGUGGGAUGUGAAGACGACACUGCUGGGCCAUGCUGUUUACUUCAGACAAGAACGCAUCGUUUGGACGGACAGUCGGCACAUACAGCGUAUGGACAACAGUAUUCAAAACUUCAGGACCAAUAUGGAGGGGUAGACGUGGACCUCAGCGAUAUACAACCCCGGAUACUUGGACGCUACAUGGAGCAGUCAAAAUUAAAUCUGAGCAGGCUGGAAUCUAAGAGCAUGACAGAUUUGGGAGACGAGUCAAAAAGGGCACCGGACAUUACACAAAACUCUCAGUUGGACUUUACAUAUCAAGAUGAUAGAGCUAAUGAGGCUUCUGAUACCGUCACCCAUUUGGAAGUGGACGAUAAAAAUUUGUGUCCAGUAGAGAUGCCUAGAAGUGAAGUGACUCAGCUGACCGUGAGCUCAUUGGAUGAGAGCCAGGGGAACUUUUCUCAGGUGGAGCUCCAACCUGAAGACGAAGACGAGGAACUGCAAAUGUCUCUGAGCAGCCACGGCAGCUCUUUGGUGGAGCUCUACCCCAGCAUGAUAAGUCGAAUAGGGAGGGCCUGGCAUCGGCAGCACGUCUCUACAGCCGCCGACUCUGUGCUGAGGAGGUAUCGCAGGUGGCGUCAGCAGUCAAACAGAAGCAAUCCCAACUACACCUUCACGGUCCCGCUGAGACACACCAGCGGCAACUCCAAAAAGAUGACCAGCAAGGAAAACCACAGCAAACCUGUAAAAAGGCAGUGCACAAGGACUGAAACAACCCCUCGGUCUCCUUUGCAGGUAGUCGCCGGUUUGCAUGAAUGGCAACCAAAGCAGCAGUCUCCUGGUAAGGAGAGAGGCUUGAAGCACCAUGCUCCCCUCGCAAUGGACUUCUCUGACAUCUCCAAACCAAAAGAGAUCUCACUGAACGAGACCUUCAUCAUGUCUCAGCAGUCCCCUCCCAAACUAUCCUGGCCCAGAGAGCAGACUUCCAUUUACACCGUCAGUCCUUCUCGACGUAACCAUACCACUCCUAAAGCAUCCAUGGACUCAUUCUUUAAUUUCAAAAGGUCUCUUUCUGCACACUCGGUACAGACUGCUGGGUCUUCCAUGUAUCCAUCAGAAACCAGUGCUAUGAGAGAAAGACCUGAUAUCUACGGCUCUCCAGUCAGGCUGAGUCCCUUAAAAGCAAGAAUGAUGAUGACCCUCAAUAGGUCGCCUCAUGCAGUUUCCAGAAGCCCCAAAGAUUAUUCAGUGGAAUGCUACUCCAGAGAGUCAAUGAGGCCCAGAUCUCCUGCCGCCAGUCUGUCCACUCCUCCACAGAGGCCUGUUGUCCCACUGAGGAUGCUUCACCAUCAGGACUCCCAUCAGCUGCACUCACCUCAGUCAACCGGUCGUCACAAGCUCAGACGGCACCUUUCCUUUGAUUCGUCCCUGAAUCCGAUCCAGUACUCUCCAAAGAAAGUGGACGAGGAUUUCAUGAAACUUUACCACAAGUUUGUGUGCCAGAACAAAUCGGCUUUCCUCAACGGGCCUCCCUGCCGUCUGUGUGCUCGAAACUCAGCAGCCAGCAGAGGCCACUCUUCCUCAGCCCUGGCUGCUCUCGCCCUGUCGCCCCACCGCUCCAUCCUCAGAAAACGCCACAGAGAGUUGGGCCGGGACAGCCAUCCACAGUCCAAACGUUUCAGGGAAGAGUACGGCGCAUUCUCCCCAGGGUCCAGACGCCACAGGUGGGAGAGGCUGAGGCACUGUCUCUCUCCAUCUGAAGUGGAGCUGCCUCACGGGGGCCUCUCCUAUAGCUCCAGUAAACACGGCAUGUUUCAACGGUGCAGCACUCAGCAGCCUCCAGCACAACAGGAAUCCUGGAUGAGUCAGCGCCUGCCUGUAUCUGCAGCAGAUUUUUCAGGCCUGGGGAAUUCGCUGGAGACUAAAAUGACCGGUGGCUACUCCCCCAGAAAAUGGCGAUGAACAAGGAUGAUCAAGGAAGAACCUAUAGAAGUUCAACAAGUUCCAGCGUGGAAAACUGUACAUACUUGGUCAGGUACCUAUGUUGAAUAAUUGUGUACCAGCUUGAAUUUUUCAAUACAAAUCUUGGUGAAAAGUAGCUUGUGAAAUCCAAAUUGUACACAUUUAUGUCGAUCACAAAACUGUUAAAAGCUCCGUGUCCAUGUGUCUGUUUUAAACGUUUCAGUGAUAUACUCUCACAUCCUCUUGUUACAUUUUAGACUUCAUCAUUGCAAAGUUAAUACAUCGUUAUGUUUAUUUUUUAAUGUCCAAUAUUAAAAUAAAACCAUUAAUGUGAA